CGUAGAACAAGAAAGGCUACACCAAGAGACGGCUCGACUUGGAGGACAUAGAGGAGGGAUUGGAGGGCUACGAGGAGCUGGAGAAGUCGUCGCUCAUGUCGCAGAAGAACUUCGAGAAGCGGUUCGGGCAGUCGCCGGUGUUCAUCGCGUCGACCCUCAUGGACGAAGGGGGAAUGCCGAAGGGUAUCAACUCCGCCGGCCUUAUCAAGGAGGCCGUCCACGUAAUCAGCUGCGGAUACGAAGAGAAGACAGAGUGGGGCAAGGAGAUUGGGUGGAUAUAUGGUUCGGUGACGGAGGACAUAUUGACGGGCUUCAAGAUGCAUUGCCGAGGCUGGAAGUCGGUGUUCUGCAUCCCCGAGAGGGCGGCGUUCAAAGGCUCUGCUCCCAUCAACCUGUCGGACCGGCUUCACCAGGUGCUGCGUUGGGCGCUGGGCUCGGCGGAGAUCUUCUUAAGCCGGCACUGCCCUCUGUGGUACGGCUACGGCGGCAUCCUGAAAUUGCUGGAGAGGUUCGCGUACACCAACACCAUCGUGUACCCGUUCACGUCGAUCCCCCUCCUCGCCUACUGCACCAUUCCGGCCAUCUGCCUCCUCACCGGGAAAUUCAUCAUCCCUAUUAUAGACAACAUCGCGAGCGUGUGGUUCCUCUCCCUCUUCCUGUCCAUCAUCGCGACCGGAAUCCUCGAGCUCCGAUGGAGCGGCGUGACCAUCCAGGACUGGUGGCGUAACGAGCAGUUCUGGGUCAUCGGCGGCGUGUCCGCGCACCUCUUCGCGGUCUUCCAAGGCCUCCUCAAGGUCCUCGGCGGCGUCGACACCAACUUCACCGUCACCGCCAAGGCUGGCGAAGACUCAGAAUUUGGGGAGCUCUACCUCUUCAAGUGGACCACCCUUCUCAUCCCUCCCACCACGCUGAUCAUCCUUAACAUGGUGGGGGUGGUUGCCGGCGUGUCCGACGCCGUCAACAACGGCUACGGCUCCUGGGGGCCUCUGUUCGGGAAGCUCUUCUUUUCCUUCUGGGUCAUCGUCCAUCUGUAUCCGUUCUUGAAGGGGUUGAUGGGAAGGCAGAACAGAACUCCCACCAUCGUCGUGCUCUGGUCCAUUUUGCUUGCUUCCAUCUUCUCGCUGGUCUGGGUCAGGAUCGAUCCCUUCUUGCCCAAGCAGCAAGGACCAGUUCUCAAGCAGUGUGGAGUGGAGUUCUAGUCUCCAUUUCCAUCUCAUGAUUUGGUUGUGGUGUGUGGUUUUUAGGAGUCCAUUUCCAAUUGAGAUAUGAUACGAAAACAUCUCAUGUUUUGUUUGAUGAUGAUUUAUCAUGUGAUGUUAUUAAGCUCAUCAAAUUCACCUCAAAUGCCUCUGCUUCCCUAAAGCUAGAC